AUGAAGGCUGUCAGCGUCUUGGCCCUGAUUAUCAGCCUCAGCGUAGUCACAGAAUCCAAAGUCUACACUCGAUGUAAACUGGCAAAAAUAUUUGUGAAAGCCGGCCUAGACAACUACUGGGGAUUUAGCCUUGGAAACUGGAUAUGCAUGGCAUAUUAUGAGAGCCACUACAACACUACAGCCGAGAACAUUCUGGAGGAUGGGAGCAUUGACUAUGGCAUUUUUCAGAUAAACAGUUUCACAUGGUGCAGAAAUGAAAGAAUACGACAGAAGAAUCACUGCCAUGUUGCCUGCUCAGCCUUGGUCACUGAUGACCUCACAGAUGCCAUUCUCUGUGCCAAGAAAAUUGUUAAAGAGACACAAGGGAUGAACUAUUGGCAGGGCUGGAAGAAACACUGCGAGGGCAAAGACAUGUCUGAGUGGAAGAGAGGAUGCGAGGUUUCCUGA